GAGGAUCAAAGUUAUUGGACUUUAUUUCUUCGGUAUAUCGUUUCGUUCAUGGGAUUCAUUCUACUUAAAAUAAUAUAAAAAUUCUUUUGUUUAGGUACUCGUGGCAAUUGGUAAUGAGCCACGUGUCGAAAUGGCUCAAUUAUCUUUCCUUGAAACCGAUGACGUCAAUGGGGGAUUCAAGGUCAACACAGAGCUAAAGGCUAGGACACAUUUAUAUGUGGCGGGCGACGCGGCAAGUUUCUACUCGCAGUGGAAGGAUGCGAGACGUCGCUUCGAACAUUAUGACAUGGCCGAGGAGCAGGGAUACGUGGCCGGGUCCAAUAUGACCGGUUACUGGACACCCAGCAAUAUGGAGCCACACUACUGGCUCAGGUUGGGCGAUAGUCUAGAGAUGCAAGUGAGUAAAUCAUCACCAUUUCGUUUUUGAUAGCGCAAGGGAAAUGCUUCUUAAGCCUUGAACCAAGGCUCUUCAA